AUGCCGCCAGAUCGACAACCGCGCGUGCAGCGGAUUGUCCGCGUUCGCACAGGAUGCUGGUCCUGUCGGCGCCGGAAGAAGAAGUGCGACGAGUUGAGACCGAUAUGCUCGGGGUGCAGGCGGAAUGACCUACGGUGUGAAUGGCCAUCGACUGUGCCAGGAAUGACGAACUCGGGCCCGGAAAACGACAGGUCGAGCUAUACUCCGGCAGACAGACGGUCUAGCUACGCCGGAUCGAUUGAAGAUCUCGAUGCCAUGCAGCUACCCGGUAGUCCGCUGUCCAGGCGCCAUUCCUCGCCUUUGUCGACCGCGGGACUUUCCGCCAUCAUGGAGGAGCAAAUGGGACAGGCAUCCGAUCCAGACGAGACUAUCGAUCGCCGCCGGUCAACUCUGGGCGAAGAGGAAAAUGCGCUUGUUGCUAGUAUGGCCGUUGGGAAUGUCGUGCCGCGCACUAUGUCAAUGUUACCGGGGUAUGACCCAGAGAGUUAUGCACUUCUCUCGCAUUAUCUGUCCAACACGGCCGACGUGAUGGCCAACGGCACAACACCCAUCAACCCAUUUCUCGUCCAAAUCGUACCACUAGCAUUCACCAGCGACCUUCUUCUUCAACUCGUCAUUGCGCAGAGUGCUGCGCACCGCGCCUUUCGACGACGCGACGAUUCAGACGCGGUGGCGAACUCCCACUAUACCAAAGCUAUCCAGCUCUUCCGACAUGGCGUAAACGAUUUCAUCGAGGGAAAGGAGUCAAAUCCACUGAUGCUAUUGAUCGGCGCCUUGUUAAUGUGCUUUACAGAGACUGCCAAAGGCGACAUGACGGGAACCGUAUUCGAUCAUCUAUCAGCCGCCCACACUUUACUACUGAAGCUCCUUGAACAAAGCGACACUGCUGUGCCCAGAGAAUUAAAAGACUUUGUCAUCGAGUACUACGUCUACACCGCGACCGUCAGCAUGAUUUCGAUCGACGCCCGCUUAAGCGGACAGUUAUUCUUGAACUUUGACCUCGAACAACGCGCGCGGGACAUUCUUCGCACCCAAUACGUGGGCAACCUAUGCGGCUGUUGGCUAGAGUUACUCCUCCUCAUCCCUUGCAUCUUCGAUCUCGGUCGACAGUGGAUGAUAGGCGACUCGCAGCCCGUCGUCCCGACUGCAGACGACAUGGCCAUGUUCGCCUCCAUCCAAGCCCAGGUCCUCCGCUGGUCACCCUACUCCUUCGUCGAGCCUGAGGUUUACUUAGCCGGUCUAGUAUUCCAACAAGCCGUGCUCAUCUACUUGUACACUUCGCUCGGCGGUUAUACCUACGCCCCCGACGGCAUGUACAAAGGGCUCAUCCAAACGGCAGUCACAGAGGCACUGUCAUAUCUUGUCGAAAUCUCCCCACAAGCCCGGAUCAACUCUGGUCUCUGUUGGCCGAUCGCUGUAGUCGGUUCAUGCCUUGAAAAGCCUGAGCAGCAGGAACGUCUACGGGUGCGUUUAACAGCGAUGGCAGCACACUUUGGUCUAGGAAAUAUGCAGCGAACGCUUUUACUGCUUGAAGCUAUGUGGGAACUUCCCCAGCUGAUGCCGGGCCGUGGAAUAUUUGUCGGACAAUGCAGUCCAAGCAAAUUUGGAUUUCUUUCGCGUGAUUUGGACCAGAUCAACGCCGUCGAAGGUCUUGGGCCUCUUAGACGUGGAUUUCUCAGGCGUCAUAAUUCUUCGCAAGAUGACCGUCAGCGAAAAGUCCUCGGUAAUGACGAACAAGGUCCCAUGAACACAGCGGCAUGA